AGUACCAAUACUAAUGCUGCUGAAAUGGGGGAGAAAGAAGAGAGGGUGAUGGAGGGUGGGAAUGGAAACCAGCGCUCUUCUUUUUCCCAACCAUGGCGUUCGCGCCGCCAGAAUUUGGCUUCCAAUGCCCUCCAUCAAUCCAAAGUUUCAAACUUUGCUCAAAGAUCCACUCCUUCUAAUACCAGUACAACUGGGUAUGCUUCCACCUCUUCUUUCAAUGAAAGUCAAGAUCAUGAUGCACCACGUUCUUCUGAUUCGGGUCCUAUAGUUGGAACUUGUCCCUAUAUGUGCCCAGAAGGAGAGAGGGUCCAGCGUGAGAAACUGCGGGAUUUGACAGUUUUCGAGAGGCUAAACGGUAAUCCUGGAAAAUCGUCCUCUGCUCUUGCGGUCAAGAAGUUUUGCAGAACUAUAUCCUCCAAAGAUGUUCAAGCAUCUGAUCUGCGGCCUCUUGCUGUAUUGGAAGAUACUUUAAAUUUUCUUCUUAGCUUGCUGGAAUCUAAGGAACAUCUGUUUGAAGUAGUUCAUGACUUUAUCUUCGAUAGGACAAGGUCCAUACGUCAAGAUCUUACUAUGCAAAACAUUGCAACCAAGAAAGCAAUCUGCAUGUAUGAGGGAAUGGUGAAAUUUCAUGUUGUAUCACAUUACAAGCUCUGGUGCUCUGUGAGUGAUCCAAAAAUCACAUCAAUGCGUCACCUAAACAUGGAACAGCUCACAAAGACAUUGGCUUCUUUAUUCAAUCUCUAUGAAGCAAAUCGAAUUUCAAAUUAUGUGCAUGAGAAUGAAGCUGAGUUCUGUUCAUUAUACGUGCUUCUUCAUCUUGGUUCUCACAGCAAACCAAUGGGGGAACCACUUUCUUUUUGGUUCAGUCAUGUAUCAGCUCCAAUAUUGAAGUCAAAAGAAAUGUGUUUUGCUAGGAGAAUCUUACGAUCUUUCCGACUAGGUAAUUAUAAGGAUUUCUUCUGUACUGCGGCAGCUCAGGCUACAUAUCUACAGUACUGCAUUAUGGAGCCUUAUAUAAAUGAAGUUCGUGCAUUGGCUUUAUCUUGUAUAAAUUUUGGGAGCUACAAACUUCAUCCAUAUCCUCUGUUCGACCUUUCAAAACACCUGAUGAUAAAGGAAUCAGAUUUGGAAUCCUUGUGCAACUCUUGUGGUCUUGAGACUUGUACAGAUGAAUCUGGAAAUAAGUUACUUCCCACAAAGCAAAGUACCUUCAGCCAUCCCAAAGGUGGAUUCCAGAGCUAUAGUUUCCUGGGCUUACAAGAAUAUGAAGGGCAGAUUUAGAGAUAUUGUACGUGUGUAAAUUGUAUUAGACCUUUAUAAAUACAUAUAUAUGUGUAUGUAUGUAUAUUUUUAUGUGUUAGAAAUAAAGUUUGUAAUAGUUAUAUAAUAAAAGUAGCAUGGUUACAAAAGGUGAAAGAUUGUUAGUUACUAAGCAUUAAAGAGCAUUAUUCAUGUUGGCUAAUAUGUUUUCCUAUGUAACCACUAAAUAUUUACUACUAGUUUUAUGAUUAUUUGCUAUGUUAAUUGAGUAGUUAUGUAAUGGUUAUGAAAUACUCUAUUGGAAAUUGAGGAUUAUCUCAUGUAGCAUGUGUGGUAAAAUUAUAGAAUUUCUUCAUAUUUUAUCUUCUCAA